UGUUGACGUCAGCAGGAGGCAGAGUUUGGUACUUCGUCUCCCGAGUCAAAGCCGCCCAGCAAUCGUGCUGGCUUAUACUUUUGUGAAAUAGCUGUUGUUAUCUACGUGACUGCACUCACUGUCUGUUAGCUCAUUGCAAAGGAAAGUGCGCAGUUAUGGAGUAUUGAAUCUUUGUGAACAGUCUUUGGUAUUAUUAACAGUCCACAAUGGGUAAGCAAAACAGCAAGCUGCGCCCAGAGGUGAUGCAGGAUUUAUUAGAAAGCACAGACUUCACAGAGCAUGAAAUCCAGGAGUGGUACAAAGGGUUCCUUAGGGAUUGCCCCAGUGGACACUUAUCAAUGGAAGAAUUUAAGAAAAUAUAUGGGAACUUUUUCCCUUAUGGGGAUGCAUCUAAGUUUGCUGAACAUGUUUUCCGUACCUUUGAUGCAAAUGGUGAUGGUACAAUAGAUUUUAGAGAAUUCAUCAUUGCUCUGAGUGUCACAUCUAGAGGAAAAUUGGAACAGAAAUUGAAAUGGGCCUUUAGUAUGUAUGACUUGGAUGGAAAUGGAUACAUCAGCAAAUCAGAGAUGCUGGAGAUAGUUCAGGCAAUUUACAAGAUGGUUUCAUCAGUUAUGAAAAUGCCUGAGGAUGAGUCUACUCCCGAGAAAAGAACAGAGAAAAUAUUUAGACAAAUGGAUACCAACCGUGAUGGUAAACUGUCUUUGGAAGAAUUUAUUCGAGGAGCCAAGAGUGACCCUUCCAUAGUGCGACUCCUGCAGUGUGAUCCCAGCAGUGCUGGCCAAUUUUGAAACCCAGGAUCUCAUAUAUUAUUAUCAUCAGUUUGUUUUUGUUUUUUCCUCUUUUACCUGCAGACUUCUCAAUAUUUUUGAUUUCUCCUCAGCAUGAUUUACUGUGCCUUUCUCUUGGCAUGUAUAAAAGGUUUAACAGUCUGGAACAUGUUUUACAUUAGUUGUUCUAAUCUCUACAACAUAAUGCUGUUUAAAAUGCAAAAAUCCUCUCACAUGGAACAAAAGAUUUUAUGGGUUUUACAUUAUUAAUGUGUUAAGAUUUGAAUCAUCUUUCCUUUACAUUAAUGAAAAAUCCAAAACAAAACACUUAUAGUCAUAAACAUGUUUCAGCAUUUUUUUUUCAAGAGUGUGUGUCAUCUUUGCAGCUCUCUAAUUAUCCUUCCCAAACAAAUGAAUGUAAAACAGUAGAAAACAAGGCAAGAACAAAAUUAAAAUGGAUAGCCAAAAAGGUACUAAUUUAAAUAUCGAUAAAGUCCAUUUAAUUUGUAUGUUUCCUGUAUAAAUAUCAUCGAUGAUUUAAACAAAUCUAACAUUUCUUACAAAUGUGCAAAUAAAACUGUUUACUGUAUAUUUUUAAAAACAAGAGUGAAUUUUUUUUUUUUUUUUUUGGAAGUUUGUUUUUGCCACAAAGUCAAAACAUUAUUUGAGGUAAAGCAGCAUUUAAGGAAUUGCUUUCACAUUCAGGUGUGAUUCUCUUUUUUGUCUAUUAAAUCUACAUAUGUGAACAAAUGAUGAAUCAUUACAUGAAAUUAAUAUUUUUGUUGUUUGUUAUACGUUGAAAUAUUACAUUUUUAAUACAUUUUUGAUGAUCAAUUUGAUAGCAACUUGGGACGUGUUACAUGCAUGUCCAGCCAACAUGCAAGAAUUGUACUGGACUCUGUAUAUAUGGCAGUACUACUACCACUACAUUCUUUGUUUGAAAAUUAACCUAGCAAUGUCCAUGAGGUUCGCAAUUUCACCAUACGUCACUGCAUUCCAACCAAACUUGCCUACCUAAAGUAGAUCUAAAAUUUUAUUUGCCGAACAUACUGUAUUGUUACUUCUGUAGUGGUGCUUUGUGCUUCAUAGCCCCAGUGUUCUGGGAUUUAAUCCAACAGAAAGCUGCUGCAUGUGUAGAUUUACAUAUUCUCUUUUUCAGUCUGAGGUUCUUUCCACGACCUAGUGACAUGUGUCUGUUAGUUUAUCUGGUUAUUUUAAAUUGGCCCAAAGUGAGACUGCUCUGUAGUGGACUGGUUUUCCUUCCAGGGUAGGAGUGGACUGGUUUAACUUCCAGGGUAGGUUCUCACCUUACACCCAUUGAUAGACACUGGCUCCUUGCGAAGCUGAACUGGAUAAGUCUUAGCUAUUUAGUCUCUAUUUUAUGGUUUUGCUUAUCAUGUAAUGUUUAUAAAAUUAUUGUCCCACACCAUUGAAGCCGCACUGGAGCCUAGUUUACUCAAAACACAUAUUUACAACAAACUUUUGAAGUAAAUCAUUGGUAUAAACACAUCAGUUUACACCUGCUGUGAACUUUACAGAAGCAUCUGGCAUAAUCUCUGCUUGAUUUGUAACAAAUACCACACACCUAAUAAUACAGUCACUUAUAUUACUUUGCUAUCCAAUUUCACAGGUACACACAACUAAAACGAUGUUAAACAAAUAUAUAGUAUGUUACUGAUCAUGCUGAAUGAAAUGGGGUUCAAGUGAGGUGAAGGGUAUAGGGUUUGGUGGUCUGCUGUAAGUACUACAUAUUGUAUAUCUUAAUCGGAAAUGCCAGUUUUAUAACUGUGUCUGCAUUACCACAAAGCGAAUGAGCCAGAGUGAGAAAUGUUGAGCUGCACCUGUCUCAGUUUAGACACUUUGACACAGAAAGCCCAAAACAGUGGCAACUAGUAUUUUGAACUUAAUAUUUGACCCUUAUUUUACAAAUGUAAAGGCAGAUGUGUAUUUACAGCCACUUCAUCAAACAACUUUACAGCUCUGAUAAAUGGCAAACAUGAUACUAGUCAAAUUGCCUGGCAAACUUGGCACAUAAUGUUUAAAUCUCAUUGCUUCCCAUCUAACUUGUGACAGUUUUCUGACAAGAAGCACACUUUAGUUAAAUUGCAGUUCAGUUAGGGUUAAAUCGAACUGCUUAUUAUGAUAAAAACUGCUAAAUGUCUGAUAGCCAUUAAAGAUUAAAGCCCUUUACUGUUCCUGCUAAAUAUCACAGAUCAGCAUGCUAGAUAAAGUAUAGUAUUUGCCACUGAUCAGAGCUGUAAAGUUGUUUGAAAAGUGGUUCAGAAUAUGAACCUGACUUUAGACUCGUAAAACAAAAGUCACAUAUUCAGUUCUGAAUAUUAAUUGGCAAAGCUUUGGGCUUUCAGUGUCAAUGGGUCUAAACUGUACAGAUGCAGCUCACCAGAUCUCAUACUGGCUCAUUCACCUUGUGAUCAUCUUCUCUGAUACACCAUAUAGAUCUGCAUUCUGUCAUAGUUUUAAACCGCUUAACAGAAAGUUUUCUAUUGACUCAGUUGGAAUGUUAAAGAAUCGACGUCCAUGGUAGGUAACUUUGUCACCUGAACUGGAGUGUAGCCUAGUUCGUUACUCUAGUUCUUCAAUGUUUUCAAAAAUAGUUUCAUCAAUAUCAUAGUCUAAAAAGGCUGCCAGCAUUGUAGUUUCUUCUGAUAAAUCUUCAAUUUUCUGUCUGAAAUACAUGAUAGCUUUGGCAAAAUCCAUUUCAUUGGCAUUGACUAAUUAAUUCUAGUGCUAUCUCAGUUUACUACUAUCUCCCGCACUAAUACAUUGAAUCAGGCAUGAGCGACCUACAUUAAAUGAUUCACCAAUCAAAACAUAGUAUAUGCUAGAGCCCAUUGUCUUAACAUUGACAAGUGAAAGUGACAGUUUCAUUUCAAGCUGUAUUUCAUGAUGCAUUUGGAGGAAUUUUGUGGACAAAAUAAAUAAAUAAGCAAAAAAACAAUUUGUGGCACAUUUAUUUAUGCUUAUAUUUUGCAAUUUAUAUUUUUUGUGCAUUUAUUUAUUUUAUCCAAAAUAUUCCUCUAACAUCUAUCUACUCGUAUCUACUAUCUAUCGCCAUUUUCAUUGAAUUUGCUUUUCUGUAAAAAUAACCACUAUGAAUAAUGUUUACUAGACUUAGGUUGAGAACUACGUGACACAUGGCAAGUGUGGUUUAAAGCAUUUUUUGUAAAAGAAGCAAGGCAUUUUAAGUACAUUUCUUUAGAUAGAUAGAUAGAUAGAUAGAUAGAUAGAUAGAUAGAUAGAUAGAUAGAUAAUAAAGUAUCUAUCUAUCUAUCUAUCUAACUUUAUUCACUAAACUUCAUAGCACAAGGCCUAUUUGAAUUGAUAUAGAUGGUAGCCAUGGGUUUUCCACUUAUAUCCUUAUCCUCAUCGCCAUACCUUCACAGUUGUGUGUUUUCCUUUAACACUCCCUGUUUUGUGCAUAUUUUAAUCUGGAUGUAUUGUGUGUUUACAGUAUAGAUUACUAUAAUCUGGGCAAAUGUGUGAUGAUAACUGUUAUGUUUUCACACCAAAACGUGAUUUUACUCACUCUAGGAGCAGCUUAUUUGUUUUAUACUUUAUGUCAAAAAAGAAACCAGUCAGAUCCAACAGAUGUGGUUUAUAAAAGUCUGUACUAGUAUGUACACCGGUAUUGCUAUGUACUGCAAAUAUUAGAUAAUUUAAUAAUACUAUUUCAUUACUUGAUUUAAUUGAUACGAGUAAAUGCAUUUAUUAGUACUGUAUGGUCUCAUAAAAUCAAAUAUUUGUCUAUGUCAAGUGCAAGCCCAGCUUAACUCAUUGAGUCUUUGCAAGCCACUCAUACUGAAAAUUCUGCCAGGUAAUUAAUUAAAUAAAUCCUAUAGGAGAUAAUUUGUGCCAAACGUUUAACAGAUAAAACCAGGAAAAAGCAUGUGCAUAUAUGAAACUACAAAGAAAGAAUUGGAAAAUUAAUUAAGAAAAGAAAAAUCUUAAAAUGAAGUGCAUAUUUAAAUAAAUUAAGCUAAAGUCAGUUUCAUAGUUUAUUUUCAUUUACAGGCUAUAGGCCACAGAUAUGUUUUGUACUAUUGUUGCCUUUUUGUUUAUAGAGCUAUGUUCCCAAAAAAACAAAAACAGUAUAUUAUGGAUUUCUGUUUCAGCAGUACCUAAUAUAUACAAUAGUUUUUAAAAUCUCUACAGUGCCAUUUUCUUCAUCUUCUGACUUUGUAUUUACCUGGCUAAAUCAGCAUUUGUAUUGCAACCCAUGUACCUAAUUAUACAGGGGCGGGCAAAAGUAGUUUUACAGUUCUGAGUAUGCGAAACAGAGUUUUUUUCUUGGAUUGAUAUUUAUUUAUUUAUUGUUUUAUUAUUUACGAUGAGUUAAUAAAGCUAUGAUUACUAUUUAGUUCAUAAAGCUAUUGUAAUAAUCGUAACCUGCAUGUCUUUUUUAUACAAACAAGUAUAAACCUACUUUUGCCCACCCCAGUAUAUACCGUAGGUUGUCUAAUACUUGACAUAUCGUGAGGCAUUUAGCUUUUGAAACAUAUUACAUGCAUUUAUAACGUACAAAUUUUAGUUUUUUAAACUCAUAGCUGAAGAGCUAAACAAUUUGUAUUGUGUACCUUUGUUGUAAACUUUUAUUGCUUGGAAAAGGGAGUCAAGUGAACAUGCAUCUGUCAAAUGAUGAAUGGCUUUCUAGCUUGAUGAAGAUUAUGUGAAAUUUCACUUGAAUUUAUAGUCUCUUUUACUGAGCUAGAUGCAGCCUGACAUUGUACAUAUGGAAUCGCACCGCUGCAGCUUUAGAAGCUGACCUAUCCACAGUAAGGAUCACCUUUUAUUGCUCACCGAGAUGGAACAGCACCUACUGUAUGUAACCCAAAGGCCCUGGGUUCAUAAAUGGUGGCUGGCUCUUGGUUGCAGCACCAAAGACUGAAUUCCCGGAUGGAGUGAGGCAAGCCACAAAAAUGUAAUUGUUACCAAAUACAUAAAAUAUUGACACAAUAUCUUGCAAAUAUUUACAGCAACCAUUAACACUCAUAGGGCCCUUUCUAAAUUGCUCGGUUUACUACAAAGUUCUUUUGAAUAUUGCAUUGUGGUCAUAAUACUUUGUCUUUAGAGAUUCUUCAUUAUCAUCCAUAACAGAAAUUCUCAGAUUAUUUGCCAUAUAAAGCAUAGACCGUUACAUAUGAUUUUUUUUUUUCAUACAGUGUAACAAAUACAGUAAUCUCUUAAUAAAUAAUAUUCACUUUUUUUUAUAAAAAGUGUAUUUUUUGCUUCAUCCAAUUUCUUUCUCAGUCCUCCCAGUUUAAAAGAAAUAUUUUCAUUCCUUCUUUCCGUUAGUUUCAAAGUGUAUUAGUUUAUUAGUGUUUUGUCAGUUCUUAAAGCAGGAGUGACUUGAGUGUUUCUACUUUGUAAAUAUUGGAACAACUAUCACUUGCAUUCAGUUAACAUUAGUUCACAAUAUUUGAAGAAUAUUUUUAAAAUUAAAAUGAACUAUAUAAAUAUUACCAUAAUCUGUAUUUACUUUUUCCAAAUAAAGCCUUAAUUGAAUUAUACACUGCUCUUAUUUUUAAUAUACAUGUCAUUAACUAGAUAAGCAGGUUAAAAGAUGGAUGGAAAGAUAUGUUGGUGUCAGUGUUGACUAUAGACUCAUGACUUCAAUCUUGUUUUGAACCUAUUUUGAUUCCAACAUUUUAUGGGAAACAUUAACCUGAGAGUGAUUCCUGAGAGGGUUAAAAGCUUUUAACUGCUUACCUUCAAUGCUUUGUGUAUGUUAUCACACCACCAUUUUUAUAGUAGAUGUCACUUCCUACCUUUUAAUUGGCAUCCAUUAUAGUGAAAUGCAGACUGCAUUUAAUAGCUGUGAAAAAGCAUUUGUCCCCUUUUACUGAUAUCUUUUAUUUUUGAAUAUUUGUCAAAUGGAAUGGCUUUCUAGACAAAAUCUAAAAUUAGUUAAAUGGAACUAUGAUGAACAUGCCACAGGCCCUAGAAAACACCAUUACUAAUAAUAAUAAUAAUACAUUUUAUUUAUAUAGCGCCUUUCCCAUUACUGAAGGAACCAUGAAUUCUGCACUUUAAGUAAUAGGGCUAUACAACAGGACAGUGAACCAAAGCACAAAGCUAGUUAACAACUGAAUGGCUGAGAAGAAACAAAAAUUAGUUUUAUAGUGACCUAUUAAAAGUUACAAUUUGAAUUAAUUAGAGGUGUUGUAGCAAGAUCUGAAUCGAGCAGUUCAUUUUUACAAACCUACCAGUGUGUCUUGAGUUAACUCUGUUUAGUAAGUAGUUGGGCUAAAAUAAUUAACUGACUUCAAUGUAUAUUAUGGGUAAGUAAAGUAAAAGUGUCUGUUCCACUACCCAUACAAUUUUUCCAGCAGUAUGUUUUUAUUGUUCGUUGGGUGAUGUGUUUUAUUGAAUCUUCAUCAAACUGAACAUUUUUGUUAUAUAAUAUUUCUUACCUUUUGCAGUGUUCUGCAUAACCUUAGAAGACUCUUUGGGUUUUCAUAGGUAAUGCUUUUCAUCUUGCUAUCCUCUCAUAUAGGUCUGAUUCGUGAAGAACAAAUUAUAUUGAUUUGAGAUACUCAUGUUGAUCAGUUCUACACAAUCUUUUACAGCUCAUUAUAAUGUUGAUCUUCAUUGGCCUGUUAUCCAUGCUUCAUAUUUUUUUUUGAAGGGAAACCUCAUCUAGACAAUGUCUGUGUAUUACCUUGUUAAUGGUCUUGACUGAUAUUAUUUACAUUUGAAAUAUUUUAUGCAUGUCUUGAUCAUGCUUUCCUGCCAUCAGGCUUAUUAGAAAGGUCCGUGUUGCCCAUAGAUGACUCUGAUAUAUGCUACAAAUUCAAGUAAAAUUAAACAUCUUCUUUGUUAGUUCAUCAUAUUCUGUUUAUAAAAACAUUUUUUAAUUUUUAUAUUGUAAUUGAGACAGACUGUCAGAGUUGGAAAGAGGUUAGCUCAGUGGCUAUAGCAGCCAUAUCUGGAAUUUGCAUUGUCUCAGUGUACAGGCAUAGAGUAUCACAGCAUAUACUCAUUUUGUUCACAGAUAGCAAAACCAUGCACUUUAUGUAAAUCAGCCCAUGUUGGAAGUGUGAUUUUUAUUUACAUCUGCAUGCUUUGAAAUAGUGACACCUGCAUUGUUCCUAAUGCAGUCUAGAUAGUCAGAAGGCUUGGAAAAUUAAUGGAAGCAGGGUAUUAGAAAGCCAGUCAUUAAUUCAGACAGUAAUAUUCUGUUUUAUUUUAUUCAUUUCAGGUGUUUUGAGCAUUUUUCAAGUGAUGUUUAUAGAUGCAUUAAAUAUUGUGGUUUCUUAUCUUACUGACAGAUUGAAAAUGCUUUUGAAUUUCUUUUAUCAGUGCAAUGUUUUUAAAAUGCUAACAGGUAAGGAAAAUUGUGGCCACAUUCAAAACUGCAUGAAUGACAAAAAGAUGAAUUACAACACAAUUUCCCCAUAAAUGAUAUUGAUAUAGACUACUGUGAAGUAUUUUUGCUUCUUAUAAUUAGGCCAAACAUGACUUGCAUAAGGUAAGAGCUAAGUAUAGCCAUACAUUCAAAGGCAGAGAAUUUGUGUCUAGUAGCCACAUCAUUUCAGAAUGAGGGCUCAGGAGAAAUAUACAAUAUUUUGACAAAAAAUUAAAAGUAAAAAGAAGGCUAAUAUUUUUAAAAGUAAAAUAGUUGCUAAAUCAUUUACUUUAUAUAAAUAAUAAUAAUAACGGGAAACACCCAUACUGCACUGUGUUGAUGUUUUUGAACAAAAAUGAAAAGCAGGGAGUAUUUACUUUAUCACCAUAGUGUAUGACACGCUAUGCAUACAUAAAAUACAAAAAAAAACACAACCUAAAUCACUUUUUUAAAUGUGUUAAUGUAGAUUUUUAAUGCAUGUUCCUUUUGCUCAACUCCCCAGAUCCAGGUGGUCUGUUUCUAUACUGAAUGAUAAAGACUAAUAUGGUGGUCACUUGAAUUUUCUUUUAUUGCUAUGACUUAUAGGUAGUGAAGCUGUUAGAUGUUUUUUGAAAAUUUGUUGUGUUCAAUUAUAUCACAUUCUUUGGUGAUUUUGAUUAUCAUUAUUUAAGAACUACUAUUUCUGUGAUAAGCAGGUUUGGAAAAAUUAAUGAAUAUUUAGUAGAUAUAUAGUAUAUGUUUGUGCUUGUGGUUUUUCUUGCUUUGUUAAAAGGUGUGAAUAAGCAAACUGUAUGUGGAGGCAAUAGUCUAGUAUAUUGUUAUUUAGACUGAACAUUUACUUUCCUUCCCUGAUUAUUUGACUCAAACCUGGCUUUAUUAUUAUUAUUAUUAUUAUUAUUGCCCUGUUUUCGUAUGAUCUUGUUUAAUAACUGACCUGUUUUAUGCCUCAAGCAAUUAUGCAUUUAAUUGAAUGGCCAUUUAAAAUGAAUUAAUGCAAGUUGCCAUGAUAGGAAAAAGUAGGUGAUUUAACUUGUUUCAUUAUUGUUUUUUCCUCUGAACAUGCACUGACAGUCUGUAAGAUAGAACUGAUUGAUUGUAUUUUACUUUUUUAUAUAAUAUGAAAGCUAGCAUCAAAAUUUGGCACUCAACUAUUCCCAAAUUUAUAGACAAUGGCCAUUGGGCCAUAAUUUUAUUUUUUUAAUGUUUCAGCUCAUCAUUAAAAAUAGUUUAGGUAUUACAGAAAAUGAAUAAAAAAAUAAAAAUAACUUUACACUCAGCAGCAUUUCAACUAGUGGUACAGUUAGAUUGCAUACAAUUUAAAAUCUAGGCAGUAUCACAGUAUAUUGUACAUUGGCCAGUUCCAAAAGGGAUUUUCAAUGGAAAUAAAACUUUAAUAUACUGAUAUUUUGUAACAUAUUAAAGAUGCAUUUCCAGUUUCCCUUAAAUGAGUAAGAGGUUACCUAAGUAAUGGGUAUGCUAAAUGGACACCAGAAACAGCAACAACUGAAUGCCUUUAUAUAAAAGUUUAGGAAAUGAAGUGAACUCUAAAUAAGAUUUUACCUUCAUGGCAACUUUAUUUGCUGGUCCAUUGUUUUCUUUGCUAGCAUAGCUCUUCUUUGAGUGUGAUUCUGUAUAUACAGUAUUUCACAUUGCAUGUAAAUUUAAUUACUAGAGGUUGACAGUUUUUGAAACUAAAUAAAUGUUUUGGAAUUUUGUCUGUUAUAUUGCAUGUUCAGCAUGUAAUUACAUUUUUCAAAAAUAUACUAUCAUUUUGGUAGGUUGUUCAAUGUAAUUUUCCUGUCUGUCACAGUCUUCACCAUAUAUUGAAAUACUUUUUUUUUUUUUUUUUUUACCAGGAGGAACACGUCUAGUGUAAAAAGUGUUUUGUAAUAAUUAAUCCCUCCAAACUUCCUUUUUCAGAAAAAUAUCCUAAACUUUUCCAUGUAUGCACAUUGAGCCAGUGAAUCUUACACUUUGCUGUAUGUGUUCUUUUUAAUUUUUUUUCGAAAGGUCCUACUAGAAUAUUUUUAACUAUUAAAUAAAGUUAAAUUCAACAACCAAUUGUCAAAAAAUAGCAGAAAAUGAAAGCAUUGCAUUUUUGGAAAAAUAAAAAUAUUUUGUACAAUUACUUUCAAAGUGCUUCUAAUAAAUUUAGUUUUUUUUUUUUUAAGAUUUUUUUUUUAUUGAUUGUACACAUUAAGGAAUUAAUGAAAACACUACUUUUUUCUUAGCUGAAGAAAGCAGCUUAGUUUUGAAUGCUCCGUCAGGUACAUUUUCAUGAUGAAUCAGACAUAUCAUAUAAAUACAGUAUGGCAUAUCACAUAGUUUUUUUUAGAGUAGACUACAUCAUAUUGGAAUUUACAGUAUAUAAUGUUUCUUCAGGUACCACAAUAUUUUCAGAAUUCAUGUAAUGUUGGGCUUUGGGAUUUGGAAUCUUUCUAAACCCCUCAUCAUUUGUGUCACUUCAAUGAUGCUUAUCUUACCUGUCACUAAUUUGAAAAAUAAAUUAGUAAUUUGAAAAUAAGUUCAUACAAUUUUUAAAGAUUAUUCAAGCUGUUGCAUAUAUUGAAAAAAAAAAAUAGAAAUCUAGGUUGAAAACAGAAUCAUAUUUUACUCGACUUUUGUAUCUCUACUUUUCAAUGGAUAAAUAAUAUGUAACCUUAAUCUUUUGGUCUACAUUUUAUUUCAUUUUUACUGUGAAAAAUUGCAUUGCUCUUUCAAACACACUGGAAUGAAUGGGAUACUUACUAAAGAUCAUUGGUUGCAUUAGAGGGGUAUGUUCAAAUAUGUAUUUAUAACUAUUGAAUUUUAAUGUUUUGUUGUUUUUGAGCUUUUGUAAACAAAUGCUAACUUACAAGUAAUGUAAUGGAAAUGUUUAAAUUUAUCCAGCUUAGUUAUCUCUUAUAUACACACGAAGAAUAAAGAAUAACUUGGUCUGUAUUGCAUUAAAAAUAGCAUUUAGUGGUUACUGUAAGUGCCAAAAGACAAAAUCAGUAUUGUAUACAUUUAUACUGUAAUGUUGAUCAAAAUGUUUAUUGUUGUUAAAUUUUGUAGCCCGUAUAUGGUAUUUUGGUUUUGUGACAUUGUUGUUUUUAAAUAUAGUAUUUUGUUAUCUUGUAGACCAAUACCUGAAAUCUCCAAAA